AUUAGCCCUUUAAUUCUCCAUUAUUACAAAUCUCCCCCUACCACUUUAUAUUUUCCUCUAUUGUCUACCUUGUCUUUCUCCAGCGUUUGUUUUGGUAAACAGACCAUCUUCCGAUUCUUCUCCACCGACCCAUUCAACUACUUUACAAUGACUCGCGGAAAUCAGAGAGAAAAGGAUCGGGAAAGAGCUGCAGCUCGUGCUGGUAAAGGCAAGAAGGGAGCUGAUGAUGGUUUGACUCCUGAGCAGCGCCGUGAAAGGGAUGCGAAAGCUCUGCAAGAGAAGACUGCAAAGAAAGCAGCAAAAGAGGCAGCCGGGGGUAGCAAUGCUGGAACUAAGGAUACCAAGAAAUAGAAAGCUAGGUGUUGUUACUUCCAUUGCAGUCAGUAAUUCGUCAUUCCUCUUUGUUUGUCAUGUUAUUCACUGUUUAAAUGUUGUGAUGCAAUACAACUUGACACGUCUGGAUUGUCAAUCCAUCCGGUUUUGAACUAUCUUGUCUUUCUUUUAGUAUGAUAAACUCCAUCUCCUAA